AUGCUUUUUUAUACAAAAGAAAAUGAACUAAAGAAAAAAGUUAUAUCGUUCCUACUCCUGCUUAUAUUAUACGAGCAGUGCCUGAUAAACUUUAUUUAUUCAUUUUCCAUUAAUAAAAGAACAUUUGUUUUGAACUCCGUGGUGGACAAAAAUGACAACGUGAAAAAAAACAAGUUAAGGGAAAACCGGAAAAUACUGGUAGAAAUAGGGAACAGCUUAAGAGAGCAGGACGUGCAUAAAUCGCUAGCAAAUUUGGACAGUAUAUUAACGGAAUAUUCAAAGGAUAAGAGACUGUCAAAAAAUAUGAGUGUUCUAUGUGGAAAUGUAUUAAAUUUAUGUAGCAAAUUUAAUGAUAUAAAUAACAUGAUAAAAGUAAUUGAAAAGAUGAAAUAUUAUAAUAUAGAAAUGCAGGAAAAUUCAUACUUGGCUAUUUGUAAUUACUAUAUAUCAAAUAAUUAUAUAUAUGAAUAUUUAUUAACAAUUAAUAAGAUGAUAGAAAGAAAUAUUACCAUUAGGGAGCGUUUCUAUAAGUAUAUCUUAGUACAUAUAUUAGACUUAUCCUUUGAUAACAGUGGCUAUGCUAGACACCUAUUCCACGAGGGUUACACAAACAACAGGGAAGUCUGUAAAGAGGGAAAUGCGCAAAUACGCGAUGAAUAUAUUGGAAGCGCUAUAAGAGGAGGGCAGGAAAAUAGUAUUCAUGAUAAUGUUGCUAAUGGUGUUAGUAGUGACUAUAAUGGUAGACAAGAUAUGAGUUACUAUAAUGCUCAUUACAGCAGUGCGGAUCGCGAACACUCGAACAACAAAAGAUACCAUUUAAUCAAAAACACAGAUUACAGUAACUUUGACAAAUACACAAAAGAGUUGAAUAAAUAUAAUAUGCGACUAGAUGAGGAGGACAAGAAGUAUAUUCUGAACAAUUAUUUAUUAAUUGAUAUUUUUAAACACAUGAAUGAUAAUGAAAUAAAAAUUAAACUAAUUUACAUAUUAAAGCUAGUACAUUAUGUGUAUGAAAAUAUUCAAUAUCUUAUGAGAAAGAAGAAUCAAGAACUCAUUCUAAGGGAAGAAGAUACCCAAGAUGUUGAAGAUGGACAUGAUGUUGAUAAUAACGAUAGUAAUGAUAGUGACUAUAGCAUAGAUGGUGCCUCUUCUGUUAACAGUACAAAAUCAAAUUCCUCAGAUAAGGAAAAAGAAAAACUAAAAAAAAUCAAAAAGAAUAAUGGGAAAAACUUCUAUAAAGAUAUACUAAUAGAACAACUAAAAUGUAUUCUAGAUUUAUACAAAAUGAAUUAUGAUUCCAUGAAUAUAAAUAUUAAAAAAUAUGAAGAGACCUUAGAUGAACAAGAGAAAAGGAAUGUAUACUAUCAAGUCAAUAAAAUAAUUAAAAAACUGCCGUUCAUUAAAUUAACAGAAAAUGUUAAAAAUACAUAUAAGUGUAAAAAUUGUGAACAAAACAUAAAUACCUAUUUUCUUACUCUCAAACAAAUUAUAAUAGUUAUUGUUAAUAUCAUAUUGAUUACGAAUCUUUUUAAUAAUAAAGAAAUAUACAAAAUAAAGCAUUUCUUUUCUAUUCUCAAUCGUAGAAAUGAUGAAGCACAAGGGAAAGAGGCACAUGUGUUUACCCUUGAUGUUACUAAGAAUGAACAUGAUAAGGGAGAACCUUUAGUAGGAGGACCUCCACAGGCAACGAAUACACACACAGAAAAUGAACAACAAAAGAUAAUGGGAUUUGACGUAUUAGAAGAAGUACAAAAGGUAGACCAAACUGAUAGCUGUAAAGAUAAGGAAUUAACAUGUGUAGCGGAUCACAAUGCAUUACACAAUAUAGCACACAGUACAGCAUAUAAUGCUUUACAAAAUGCAUCAUACAAUUCUGUACAUAAUUCUCUAAUAGAGGCAGAAAUGAACAAGCAUUUUGAAAAGGGGUCAUACACUUGCCUACUGGAUGGUGCGAAUAUCGGUUACAACAAACAGAACGUAGAAAAUGGCAGAUUUAGUUUUUUACAAAUUGAGGUGUUAAAAGAAAUUAUAAAAAAAAAAAAUAAAGAGUUACCUUUGAUUAUUCUUCCAAAAAUAUAUCAUUACAAGAAUUCAUUAAAGCAUUUGAGAAAUGAAGGAAUCCAUAGUGAGCAAAAAACAAAUGCUAACAUUUUUAUACCAAACAAAACAAUAAAAAUAAAAAAAUAUAGCCCGACUUGUUCAGUAAAUAGUAAAUAUUGCAUUAAACCAAAUAAGGAGUUAUCGACUGAUCGUUCUGGUGAUAGGGCUUAUGCAGAGGAAUCAGGGAUAGUAGGAGCAACAGCAGAAACAGCGAAAGAAGAAGCGGAAGGGGCAACAGAAGGAGUAGAAGAAGAAGAUUCUCUUGGUUUUAGAUCACCAGGUUGUGGUACACACGCCAGACCAAUUUUCAACAAAUUAGACAGUACGGAUGUAGAAAUAAUAAAAAAAUGGGAAAAAGAAAAAUGCCUAUACAUAUGUAAUUACAACAUGUACGAUGAUUAUUAUUACAUUUUAGGAAGUCUAGCAAGAAGCAAUAAUUUAUUUAACAUUUAUUAUUACAUAGAUGAAUUGUCAAAGCACUUUUAUAAAUAUAAAAAUUUAAAUCAUAAUGUUAUUAUAGACAAUUAUAGUUUAAUUGAUGAUCGGGUGAUUUAUAAUAACAGAGAAGUCCUACAUAUAUAUAAUAGUAAUCUUAUCUUCGAUAGAAAUAGCAAUAUAAUGGUACUAGUUAGUGAUGAAAACAUUAACAAAGAGAACAAAUAUAUUUCUAUGAAUGAACAAUAUUAUAAUGAUAAAAUAAAAAAGAAAAAAAAAAAUUUUAAAUUAUUUGAUGAAUAUAAAAGUAAUUUUAUAUUUAAAGACAAAGAUAAUAUACGCUAUGUAGAAAAUAUUUAUGCUGAUACAUAUUUUUAUGAUUCUCAAAAGGGGGAGCACAUUAUUGUAAACGAUACGAAUAAUAAGAAUAAAUGUAAAACUAAAUGUGAAAAACUGGUAAGAGAUACCAAUUACUCGAACAACACUUAUACAGAUAAUGCCCUCUUAAAAAGUAAAACAAAACAAGAAAAAAUAAUCAAAAAUUACAAAACAAGGGAGACUGCUACUCUGGAUGAGGUGAGAGAGAAAGCUGCACCAGACCAAUUGAGUGCAUCCUCUGAUCCAAAUAGUGAUAACAACGUGGAGCAUCAUGAAAAGACAAAUUUUUAUUACGCAAACAUAUACAUAAAAUGUGUUAAAAAUGUAAACAGUGCGCAGAAACCGAUAUAUGUUUACACAAACGAUAAGAUGAAAAAUCAUUACUUUAAUGAAUACACAAAUUUUAUUUUAAAAAAAUGGAAAAAAAAAAGUUUUAUAUCCUUUUAUUUUAAGCAACCAAUCAUUCUUUCAGAGUUAAGGAAACAGUCGGAUUCGAACACUAUAGACUUAACGAAUAUAAUAAAUAAUUAUAAAUUGCCAUAUGUGAAUUUAGAAAAUUCAAAGCUAUAUAUAGAUGAUAUUAUAUCUUACAAGGAUAGAAAUAUAUAUCAUAUAAAAAUUAAUUCUCCCAGUAAAACUUUCUUGUCGUAUCAAAGUGAAAAUAUACCAUUUCUGCAUUAUAACAACAAUGUGGUCAAGUAUUUGUGCAUAGACUUCUCUAGGAUAUAG